GCUGCCUCAAACUGGGGGCAGCCUGAGCAGCGAGCUGGUGGAGCAAAGUGCUGCCAAGCUACUUUUCAGGAAUCUGCCAAUCGCUGACAGAAUCUGCAAAUCUCAACAGGGUCGGAAGCGCUUGAACACCCUUCAUACCCCAACAGAGGACGUGGAUGGAAACCUUCAGCUAGGCCGCCUAUUGCUAGGCGCCCGCUUGUAUCCAAUUUGAAAAGGUCAAUUAAGGUUGCUUUGCUUUAUAUCACAAGCCUGAUCAGGUAGCGCCCUUUCAGUCAUCGACACACCUGCCUCAAUGGCUUCCUCACUUCUUCUGGGUGCCCUUCUCCCAGCAGUGCUGCUGCUUACAGCUUGCUUUCAGCAGGGGGUUCAUGGGCAGCCCUGCGGUUCCACAAAUAAUUGUGGGGCCUUGGGGGGGGCAUCUGGCUCUGUGUCUGAGAACCCCGUCAAUCAAUAUUUGUGCCAAACAUCAGAAGUUGCCAGCUGCACAACUGAGCUUUAGACUGGGGUUGACAUGGUCACAACCUUCGGCCCAGGUGUUGGGAACCUUGGGCGAAAGAACGACAUUCUUGACGCUGCCACUUGCUGUAGUUCUUGCAAAGAGGAUGCCUCAUGCGAUGCAUGGACUUUUUAUAAUACUCAAUGUUAUUUUUACACAAGCUCUGAGUGUGCGAUGGAGUCAUAUCUGUAUCGCAUUGGAGACGCAGGUUCCGUUACUGGCGUGGGGGGUCGUGCCCGGGCCCGCUGCCUAAACCCGGGCACGUCCUCCGGCUGUUUGGACCCGCACUAUACUGUCCAGAUUUCCUCAGGCCUAGCCUCCCAGGCUUUUACUUUUGACUUCCAUGGCUUGGCAAACAAGGUUUAUUGCAUGGUGUCAGAUAUCGCUUUGCAGUUGAAUGUGCGCAUGUUUGGAAUCUCACAAGCAUCCAAGGUCAUCGAGCGCAAGGCAGACCUUGGAGACGACUGUUUCGUUGGUACCUGGAUGGACGCCAUUGGGUUUAUACACGCUAACAAGAAUGGGGCUCGGGACAAUCUCACAAUUGAGCUGGACCACAACAAGGCACGCAACGGAGCUUUCCCUUUUCGUGUGGCGUACAACAAGGAAGACCUGACCGAAGCUAUGGUAUCGCAGGAAGGUGCCAAGUGGACCAGUCAGGACGGCGGUGUGGCGUUGGCAUGUUCACCCGAUCACGCCAGCAUUUUGAGUGUCGACAUCAAGGGGGUUUUGAGCAUGGACAUCAGCGCGGAAACUGAGCAGGAGAUUAUUGUUGACCUGCCCAUCUACUUCGUCAACUUCCAGCUCAAGAACAUUGCCACAACGCCUGCUGUUCACGGGUUUCUGGGCCAAAUGUAUGCCCCUGGGGCAAUCAAAGAGCGCCUAGCGAUGGGGACUCUAGAGGGCUUCCGACACCGAGAGUAUGUGGAGGGUACUGAUGAGUACGAGAUUUCAGAAUUAACCGCAACAGGAUGCAGCUUCAGCCGUUUUGGAAAAGCUUACACAAAUGCAUCGGACCUUCAAAGUGGGACUUUUUCAGGUCUUGCUAUGAAUCGUCGCUUAUUGAAACAUGUGCCUUCGGUUAAUAUGGAGAAACCUGGCUCGGGGUCUCUCCCAGCUGGAUGCCACUUGGCAAACAAGAAACGAUUGGGGGCAAUCUCCAUCUCAUGCGCAACUAAUGAGCGUUGAAGCAGUCGUGUCUUCAAAGAUAGUCGCCCAAUUAUCCGAUUGGCGAGGUAGGUUCAAGCAACAGUUGGAACGUACGGUAGUCAAGAUCGUGUAAUAAAUCAGGAAAUUUGUGAAUAAAGAAGGAAUUUAGUCAUCAAGUGGUCAUUUGGCACAGCGGUAGCACCUUCAAGUCGUCAAAGUUUGCACUUAAAGGCCGCAGUGACAGCAAUGCUUCGUACGCGGGGAUGUCAAAGUUGCCUCCAAUAAUAGGGAUGAUCAGGUCUAGGAUCUCCACGUGCUUCAAUUAAAUCUGGAUACGGGUAUUGAAAGCGGGCCAAUUUCGCACUAGCUUAGGCGCGACCCAGCUGAUGGACAGCUCAGAGCCAACCUUGCAUUGCUGUGCUUUGUUCGAGAUCCCACGUCAUGCGCUUGGAGAUUGAGUCGAGCCUGCAUCUACAGCGGCGGCAUAUAUUCAGCGCCUGG